UCUCUUUACCCACACCAUCCACACACACACACACACACAAAUAAGAAAAAAAAAAUUAACAAAUUCAUCACAAAAAUACGUUUUCUUCUUAUAUAAUAAUUUCUCUCUCUAAGAUUUGUCGCUUACCUUUUGAAAUUCAUCCGGCGAUGAAUCUCGCCGGGAAAAUGAAUAUUCCGGUUAUGAUAUCUGUAUCUGUAACUAGUAACGCCGUCGUCUCUUACCAUCGCCGUCAUGUCUUCCGUGAAAAAUCCUCGGAGCUGAACUGAUCCUUCUCUUUAAGAGACUUUUUGUUUUUUUCGUUUUUGUUAUUAUUAUUCUUUGCUUCGUUUUUUUGUUAAGAAGAUGAUCCGCUGAUUUCAGAAGUUUCCUUCUGGUUUUUAGCUGAGAGGUUUUGUUAGAUUCUUCUUCUUCUUCUUAUUCUCUGGUUUUUGAAUCCAAUUUUGGAAGUUUUGUUUUUAAGUUUCUGUUGAAGAGAGAUCUGAGAUAGUGUAUAUGAAAUUCAAAUCUGUGAAAAACUUCUUUUGAAUUUUGAAUUUGACUUGUUGGGGACUCUUGUGAAAGAAGAAAGUUAUAGAUCUUCGUCUUUGUGAGAGCUAUGCCAUUUACGAUGAAGAUCCAACCGAUUGAUAUCGAUUCUUCUCCUCCAGCCGUAGUAGUACCUGGCAACAACAAACCGGUGCUCAAAUCUCGUCUCAAACGUUUGUUCGAUCGGCCCUUCACAAACGUAUUGAGAAACACCGCAACAACAACAACCACCGAGAAACCAUUUCUAGUCACCGAGAAACCAUUCGUAAUCACCGGUGUUGAAGUUCAACAGAACGGAGGAGGAGGAGGAGGAGUGACGGCGGAGUUCGAGCCAAGUUCUGUUUGCUUAGCGAAGAUGGUUCAGAACUUCAUAGAAGAAAACAACAACGAGAAACAAGCUAAAUGUGGACGUAAUCGCUGCAAUUGCUUCAACGGCAACAACGAUAGCUCCUCCGAUGAUGAAUUAGAUCUGUUCGGUGGUUCAAUCGACGGUUGCGACGCUUCUGAUCAUCUCAAGAGUUUGAUCCCGUGCACAACCGUCGCGGAGAGGAAUCUGUUAGCCGACGCAGGGAAGAUUGUAGAUAAGAACAAAUCGGUGAAACGAAAAGACGAUAUGAAGAAGAUCGUCAACGAAGGACUCUUAUCUCUAAACUACGAUUCUUCAAUCUGCAAAUCUAAAUGGGAUAAAUCUCCUUCCUUCCCAGCUGGUGAAUAUGAGUACAUAGAUGUGAUAAUCGGAGAAGAAAGGUUAAUAAUCGAUGUAGAUUUCCGAUCAGAGUUCGAUAUUGCGAGACAGACGAGUGGUUACAAGUCUUUGCUCCAAUCUCUACCGUUCAUCUUCGUCGGAAAAUCUGAUCGGUUGAGUCAGAUCGUGUUUUUGAUAUCGGAAGCCGCGAAACAGAGCUUGAAGAAGAGAGGGAUGCAUUUUCCUCCUUGGAGGAAAGCUGAGUACAUGCGAUCUAAAUGGCUUUCUUCUUAUACCCGACGAGCUGGAGGGAACGCCGAUGAGCAGCCGCCGGAGACGGAUGUUACGGUGGGGGUUGCGGCGGUGGAUGAGAAGGAGGUGACGGAUAGUGUAGAGAUUGAUGAGCUGGUUUUUGAGGAGAAAUGUUUAUCUCCGACUCCGAGAGUGAAGAAUAUUAAUUCUUCUUCUUCCUCCUCUCCAAACGACGGCGGCGAUGAUGACGUGGCGGUGGAGAGAGAAGUGAAGGCUGUUACCGGAUUAGCUUCACUCUUUAAGGAAAAGCCCUGAAUAAUAAUAAAAAAACAAAUUUUGGAAGUU